CUUUGCUGUUAGCCCUCCCAGGGGCAGGAGGAACCAAGGCUGGGGCCAGAAGUCCUCAGUCCUGGGGCGACAGUGAAAGGGUCUUGGGGGGGCACUGACUCCCCUACAACUCCUUCUUCGUAGGGACUAUUGGCAGCAGCAGAAAACCAAUCAGGAAAAUGAAGACCUUCUGGAAAAUUCCAGUUUUCUUCUUUGUAUGCAGUUUCCUGGGACCCUGGGCAUCUGCCACUGUCGUCAAGCGUCGCCCAAGGUUUCCUGUCAAUUCAAUUUCUAAUGGUGAAAAUGAACUCUGUCCAAAAGUCAGGAUUGGCCAGGAUGAUUUACCAGGGUUUGACUUAAUUUCGCAGUUCCAGGUAGAUAAAGCGGCAUCUACAAGAGCUAUCCAAAGGAUAGUAGGAUCGACUGCAUUACAAGUGGCUUACAAGUUGGGAACUAAUGUAGACUUUAGGAUUCCAACCAGGCAUUUAUAUCCCAGUGGACUGCCUGAAGAAUACUCCUUUCUAACCACUUUUCGGAUGACUGGAAGCACACUUGAAAAGAGCUGGAACAUUUGGCAGAUUCAGGAUUCCUCAGGGAAGGAACAAGUUGGUGUGAAGAUUAACGGCCGAACAAAAUCGGUUGCAUUUUCAUACAAGGGACUGGAUGGAAGCCUCCAGUCCGCAGACUUUUCAAAUUUGCCCUCCUUGUUUGACUCCCAGUGGCAUAAGAUCAUGAUUGGUGUAGAAAGGAGCAGUGCUACACUUUUUGUUGACUGCAACAGGAUCGAAUCCUUACCUAUAAAACCAAGAGGCCAAAUCAAUGUCGAUGGCUUCGCUGUGCUGGGAAAACUUGCAGAUAAUGCUCAAGUGUCUGUUCCGUUUGAACUUCAAUGGAUGCUUAUCCAUUGUGAUCCACUUCGACCCAGCCGAGAAACUUGCCACGAGCUGCCAGCCAGGAUAACGCCCAGCCAGACACCCGACCAGAGAGGUCCCCCUGGCGAGCAGGGUCCCCCCGGGCCUCCGGGCCCCCCUGGAGUUCCCGGCAUCGAUGGCAUCGACGGUGACCGAGGUCCAAAGGGUCCCCCUGGCCCCCCGGGUCCUCCGGGAGAACCUGGAAAGCCGGGAGCUUCUGGAAAGCCUGGCACGCCGGGGGCUGACGGAUUAACAGGACCUGAUGGAUCCCCUGGAUCUGUUGGACCAAGAGGACAAAAAGGAGAACCUGGUGUACCGGGAUCUCGUGGAUUUCCAGGCCGUGGUAUUCCUGGACCCCCUGGUCCACCUGGGGGAGCAGGUCUCCCUGGAGAGCUCGGACGUGUUGGACCAAUUGGUGACCCUGGGAGAAGAGGACCACCUGGCCCCCCUGGACCUCCAGGACCCAGUGGAUCGAUUGGCUUUCAUGAUGGAGACCCAUUGUGUCCCAAUGCCUGUCCCCCGGGUCGCUCAGGAUAUCCAGGCAUACCCGGCAUGAGGGGUCAUAAAGGGGCUAAAGGAGAAAUUGGUGAACCUGGAAGACAAGGUCACAAGGGUGAAGAAGGUGAACAGGGAGGACCAGGAGAAGUUGGAGCUCAAGGACCUCCAGGAACUCAAGGAUUGAGAGGCAUCACCGGCAUAGUUGGGGAAAAGGGAGAAAAAGGUGCUCGGGGCUUCGAUGGAGAACCUGGGCCUCGAGGUAUUCCUGGUGCACCUGGCGAUCAAGGACAGCGAGGACCUCCAGGAGAAGCGGGUCCCAAGGGAGAUAGAGGGGCUCAAGGUUCUAGAGGAAUUCCUGGCCUCCCUGGAUCCAAAGGAGACACGGGCUUGCCAGGUGUGGAUGGCCGUGACGGGAUUCCUGGAAUGCCCGGGACAAAGGGUGAACCAGGGAAACCUGGGCCUCCUGGUGAUGUAGGAUUGCAGGGAUUACCUGGUGUGCCUGGAAUUCCUGGUGCAAAGGGUAUUGCCGGUGAAAAGGGUAACAGCGGUGCUCCAGGGAAACCUGGCCAACUGGGGAAUUCAGGAAAACCGGGCCAGCAGGGGCCACCAGGAGAGGUGGGACCCCGAGGACCCCGGGGGCUUCCUGGUAGUAGAGGAGAAGUAGGACCUGUGGGACCCCCAGGCCUCCCAGGUAAACUGGGUUCUCCUGGCAGUCCUGGCCUCCCUGGCUUGCCCGGGCCCCCCGGCCUUCCUGGGAUGAAAGGUGACAGGGGUGUGGUUGGUGAACCUGGUCCAAAGGGUGAACAGGGUGCCUCUGGUGAAGAAGGUGAAGCAGGAGAAAGGGGUGAACUAGGAGAUAUAGGAUUACCUGGCCCAAAGGGAACUGCGGGUAACCCUGGGGAGCCUGGCUUGAGGGGACCUGAAGGAGGCCGGGGACUUCCUGGAGAGGAAGGACCAAAAGGACCGCCCGGACCACGGGGCGUGCAGGGAGAACAGGGGGCCACUGGCCUGCCUGGGAUCCAGGGCCCUGCGGGUAGAGCGCCCACGGAUCAGCACAUAAAGCAGGUCUGCAUGAGAGUCAUGCAAGAGCAUCUUGCUGAGAUGGCUGCUAGUCUCAAGCGUCCAGACUCCGGAGCUUCCGGCCUCCCUGGUCGGCCUGGCCUCCCUGGUCCCCCGGGACCCCCUGGAGAGAAUGGCUUCCCGGGCCAGAUGGGAAUUCGCGGCCUCCCAGGCAUUAAAGGCCCCCCUGGUGCUCUUGGUUUGAGGGGGCCUAAAGGUGACUUGGGAGAAAAAGGGGAACGUGGCCCUCCAGGAAGAGGUGCGAAGGGUCUGCCCGGAGCUACAGGUCUCCCAGGUGAUCCAGGUCCUGCUAGCUUUGGAAGGAAUGGCCGGGAUGGCGAGCGAGGCCCUCCGGGGGUGGCAGGGAUUCCUGGUGUGCCCGGCCCCCCGGGCCCUCCUGGCCCCCCUGGUUUCUGCGAGCCAGCCUCCUGCACCUUGCAGGCUGGUCAGCGAGCCUUCAGCAAAGGGCCAGAUCAGUGAGAGGCUCAGCGCUGCACAGCUGUCCGCAUAACCACCCCUGGCAAAGGCGCUUGGAGGAAAGGGACCACCCGAAGCUGGGGCAAGAGACGACAGUGUAUCACCUUCAACAUUAUGACAGAAGUCCUACUUGACAAGCAGAUUUAGAACAAUGGUGCUAUUCAAUAAAUCCUCUUUCCUUUCCCUGGGAGGAGAGACAGCAGAGUCAUUGGUAAAAACAAACAAAACCUCCCUUUAAAUAAAUUUAUAAUCCUGUUCCCAGGAUCUUGAAGUUAGAGUGCUAUACAUACGUGAUUAUGUUGUGGGCCACUGUGCCGAUCAACAGCAACAACUGUUUGGUUUACCUCAGUUGCAGUAGUUAUUUUCAUUUGUAUUUAGAUGUUUUCAGAUUAUUGUUUGGCUAUACAGAGGAUUACAGACUAGUUAGGAAGAAACCCACUGCAGCCCAUAGAAACGGUGCUUAAAGUCCCCAUCAAUGUGCUCUUUCUGAAGUGGCAAGAAGGUUCUGUGCCACGUGGAAUAAUUUCCUCACAGCACAUGUUGGUUUCCAUGGUCAGCCUGAAUUCUUGUUGAACUGUACUGUACCCCAAAUCUAUUAAUAUUUUGAGCUCUUCUAUGUGAAAGUAAAGAAGGAAUUUAAUAUCCUGUCAUGCGUAAGAUUUAUUGAUGAGAUUAUUUAUUUUAAGGGUUUGAGGUAACGUCUCUGGUUGUACCCAAGAAGAAAUAAAUAUGGUUUCUUAA